CAGUAUGGAGUUCAGGUCUCUCUCUGUAAUACUCUUGCUGAUUGUCCUCAUCCACAGUGGACAAACUCAAGAUAAGCCAGCAGUUAUAAUUAAAGACCCUCCAGGUCGAAAAGAAAUAAAUAUAGGAGAGACUGUCACUCUAAAAUGUGAAAUCCCGGGGGGAGAAGGUCGUACGUGGACUUAUAGCUGGUUUAACAAUGGGAAAGAAGUUCAUCGCUCUGAAGAACGAAGUGAAUACACGUUUCAGAUGACUGCAGAUUACAGCACAGAAUUUACCUGCAAGGGAACCACAAGAUCCAGUGAUCCUGUUAAACUCUCUUUGUCAGAGAGACCAAAAGCUGUGGUGUCCAUACAGCCUGAUGAUCAGGUGUUCAGAGGAGAGACUGUCACUCUCAGAUGUGACAUACAGGGAGAAGGAGUCUCUAACUGGCAGUACAGCUGGUUUAAAGAUGCUUCAUCCACUCCUGUCAGUAAAGAUCAGCAGUACAGAAUCAGCUCUGUUACAGAGUCUCACAGUGGAAAAUACACCUGUAGAGGAACAGAGAGAGGAACAUCACGCUACUCACAUACCAGUGAUGCUGUUACACUGACUGUAUCAGCUUUACCCAGAGCUACACUGACUGUAGAACCCAAAUGGAGUCCUGUGUUCACUGGAGAGUCAGUCACUCUGAAGUGUGAGAUAGAGUCUUACAGUAACUGGAGAUAUCAGUGGUAUAAAGGCAGCAGUAGAACUGCAGUCUAUCAGUCUCAGACAAACACCUUCACCAUCAGAUCAGCAGCAGAUCAGGAUCAGGGUCAGUACUGGUGUAAAGGACAGAGAGAUAACAGACCCUCAUCAUCACAACCCAGCAAUCCUGUUACUCUCACAGUGAAAGAGAGACCAAAAGCUGUGGUGUCCAUACAGCCUGAUGAUCAGGUGUUCAGAGGAGAGACUGUCUCUCUCAGAUGUGACAUACAGGGAGAAGGAGUCUCUGACUGGCAGCACAGCUGGUUUAAAGAUGAUUCAUACAGAGCUGUCAGUAAUGAACAGCAGUACAGAAUCAGCUCUGUUACAGAGUCUCACAGUGGAAAAUACACCUGUAGAGGAACAGAGAGAAGAACAUCACGCUACUCACACACCAGUGAAGCUGUUACACUGACUGUAUCAGCUUCACCCAGAGCUACACUGACUGUAGAACCCAAAUGGAGUCCUGUGUUCACUGGAGAGUCAGUCACUCUGAAGUGUGAGAUAGAGUCUUACAGUAACUGGAGAUAUCAGUGGUAUAAAGGCAGCAGUAGAACUGCAGUCUCUCAGUCUCAGACAAACACCUUCACCAUCAGAUCAGCAGCAGAUCAGGAUCAGUACUGGUGUAGAGGAGAGAGAUAUUACAGACCCUCAUCAUCACAACUCAGCAAUCCUGUUACUGUCACAGUGAAAGGUAACAUUACUGCUUUCAUGCUGUCACUGUAUUUCAUGCAAUGUGAAUCAUGUCUUCAAAAAUGUGUUGUUAGCACCAAGAUAUCUUUACCCAGAGCUACACUGGCUGUAGAACCCAAAUGGAGUCCUGUGUUCACUGGAGAGUCAGUCACUCUGAAGUGUGAAAUAGAGCCUCACAGUAACUGGAGAUAUCAGUGGUAUAAAGGCAGCAGUAGAACUGCAGUCAGUCAGUCUCAGACAAACACCUUCACCAUCAGAUCAGCAGCAGAUCAGGAUCAGUACUGGUGUAGAGGAGAGAGAGAUAACAGACCCUCAUCAUCACAACCCAGCAAUCCUGUUACUCUCGCAGUGAGAGCUUUACCCAGAGCUACACUGACUGUAGAACCCAGAUGGAGUCCUGUGUUCACUGGAGAGUCAGUCACUCUGAAGUGUGAGAUAGAGUCUUACAGUGACUGGAGAUAUCAGUGGUAUAAAGGCAGCAGUAGAACUGCAGUCUAUCAGUCUCAGACAAACACCUUCAGCAUCAGAUCAGCAGCAGGCCUGGAUCAGGAUCAGUACUGGUGUAGAGGAGAGAGUUAUUACAGACCCUCAUCAUCAGAACGCAGCAAUACUGUUACUCUCACAGUGAAAGAGAGACCAAAAGCUGUGGUGUCCAUACAGCCUGAUGAUCAGGUGUUCAGAGGAGAGACUGUCACUCUCAGAUGUGACAUACAGGGUGAAGGAGUCUCUAACUGGCAGUACAGCUGGUUUAAAGAUGAUUCAUCCACUCCUGUCCGUAAUUAUCAGCAGUACAGAAUCAGCUCUGUUACAGAGUCUCACAGAGGAAAAUACACCUGUAGAGGAACAGAGAGAGGAACAUCACGCUACUCACACACCAGUGAUGCUGUUACACUGACUGUAUCAGCAGAAAAACCUAAACCUGAACUCACAUCAAGCCAUAAAGAAGCUGCACUGAUAGGAAAUCCAGUGGUUCUGUACUGUAAGCUGGAUCAGGUUGCUGGAUGGACGUUUUACUGGUUCAAACACACACAGAACCCUGAGAAUGAGAUCAAGACUGAAACUCACUCCUACACCAUCAGCUCAGUCAGUGUCUCUGAUGGAGGACAGUACUGGUGCAGAGCUGGGAGAGGAGACCCAGUCUACUACACUCACUACAGUGAUGCUCUCUGGAUAAACAUUACUGGAGCAAGUCGUCCAGACUCUCUGAUGGUCAGUCCCAGCAGAACUCAACACUUUAUUACUGACUCCCUCUCACUGAGCUGUGAGGGACAGAGUGACUCUACUGGAUGGAGAGUGAGACGAUACACACACAGUGAGAAGGUGUCAGAUUGUUCAUCAGGCUGGGGAUCAGUUACAGGAUCUACAUGCAGCAUCAGCUCCCUCUACACAUCCCACACUGGAGUGUACUGGUGUGAGUCUGAAUCUGGAGAGAGCAGCAAUCCUGUCAACAUCACAGUGACCAAUGGUUCUGUGAUUCUGGACAGUCCUGUUCAUCCUGUGACUGAGGGAGAUCCUCUGACUCUACACUGUUUAUAUCGUGACCCAAAGCCCUCAAACCUCACAGCUGAGUUCUAUAAGAAUGGAUCACUCCUCCAGACUACAGGAGAGAUGACCAUCCAUACUGUCUCAAAGUCAGAUGAAGGUGUCUACCACUGUAAACACCCAGAGAAAGGAGAGUCUCCACAGAGCUGGAUGUCAGUCAGAGGAGCAUCUUCAUCCUCAGUGUUCAGUCUGCUCAGUAGUUUAAUGGCAGUGUCUCCAUAUCUGCUGGUGACCAUUGUGCUGGCGGUCAAAUUCUACAGAGCUCAAAGUAAACCUGAUGAGGAGACCAGAACAUAUGCAGUGACAGAAGCUGGAGCAUGUUGAUGAGUGUCAACUGGAACAGUUUUACAUUAUAAUCAUUAAACCGUG